AGGAAAUAGGUGAGGUGCAGCGUGGGCAGCGAGCUGUCCUGCCCCGAGCAGGAGGGCACGGCUGGUUUGUAUUCAUCUCUCACCUACUCUUGUGUGCGUGGUGCAAGUACUGCAGGCUUGCAGUGGCUGACGGGCGGCUCGUUUGGAGUCAGGGCUGUGCGUGCUGCGGGCGCCCUGUGGGUCCGGUUAUCGCUCAGCCUGUCACUGAAAUGCCUGCCCCGGGCAAACCACCAGCUCUGGUCUGGCAUCCUGCUGAUGAAUGAGUUUCUGUUCCUUUCUCCUGGAGUGAGCUGGACUUUGCUGAUGAGAAAGCUUUGGGCAGGCCCCAGCUAUUGAUCUUCACAUUUUUAAAUGUACCGCUCAGCUAAACAGAAGCAUUUUCCUACUCGGAAGAUUUUGCUUUCUAAAACUAAUUAAUCAAAUUACCUCUUUGUGAGCCUUAAUCACCCUGUUAGAUUAAGAGCCAGACUGCCUGGAAAAGGGCUUUCUCACAAACUUACUUUCACCUCUUAAAUCACAUUUGUGGUUUUCUUGAUAGCUUUAUCAUUUUUCUACCGCCACGUAAAAUAGUCGCAUACAUUGUUACUCAUCUCGUUAAUAGCAAACGUACAGAACCAGUUCUCACUUGACUUGGAUCUAAAGGAAUGCACUAACCCAUCUCUGCAGCAGCCCUCAUUAGCUCCCCAGCCAUGCUGGGUGUCACACCUUUUUCCUAUGACUUCUGUUCUGCCCUCAGAUGUGGUUUCAGUGACACACAUGCCUAUUCUGGGCCUUGUUUUCUGCUUCACUGCAUUCCCCAGCGCGGCAGCUGCUGGGCUGAAGGAAGUCCCAGUGCACGUCGUGGCGGUGGGGAGGUUCCUGCCUGCUGCCUUGUCCCUGGUUUGCUUUAGGGUUUGUCAGCCCUGAGUUGUUAAGUGAAGCUGCAGUACUGUGAAAUGAAGAACAAAGCGUUCAUUUUGCUUGCAGCGCGGUGCAGGACCGGCCCCAAAGGCGCUCAGACCACACAGGAGUUUCAGCGGCAUCUGCCCCAGUGUACACGGUGUCCUUUGGAUCCAAGUUUAAUGCCUGAGCAAUAUUAAUUGUUGAACGAGAAGUGGAUCUAGGGAAGAGCUUUUGGGUGCAGCAGCAUCAGGCUCCCGUGUCCUGCGAAGCAGCGGAAAGCGCACGGGCUGGGAGGGCUUUGGGGCGGGCGGGGCUGCAGUGCAGGUGCUGGAGCUGUGCUGAGCUCCCUCGCGCCGCUGGCUCACAGGGUUGUGCAAAGCGGUUCUUAUUCAAAGCAGUGGCUUGCAGAACAUGGCACUGAGCACGCUGUCCUCGGGGACCUUGGGGAGUGCAGGUCUUUUUCUUUGUAAGAUGCAGCCCAAGCCCUUCUUCAUUUCACUGUCCACUCUCUCUGCCUGUUCCGCUUUGGGUGCAGGUGGCCAGCGCUGAGCAGCACCGCACCUCCACCCGCAGCAGUGUAACAGCACGGAGGCUGCCGACCUCCUGCCCCAGGGCGCAGCGGUGCGGGGCUCCUGGCUCUGCCCCAGUACCCGCAGCCCAGGCACGCCGUCCUGACACUUCACCCCAGUGCAGGGAGGCUCAUCCUGCAAUUAACAGGAUUGCAAGCAUUGUUACUAUAAAAAGAUGUGUAGAAAACACCAAGUACGCUCAUGGCAUGUAUUGAAGAGUGACUGCCUUCAGCAAAUGGAUUAAACAAUAACCAACCGUGGAAUGGUUUGAGUCGGGAGGGACCCCCAGAGCCCCCCUGGUCUGUAGGGCUCUCAUGAGGACGCAGUCCCGAGCUGCUGCCUUCUUCCAUUUGCUGAUUGCAUUGGUGUUUGGGGGUCAGCUGAGACCUAAAUGCCUAAAUGAGCUGGAAACGCCCAGGCUAAGGCUCCUCCUCCCUGCCCUGCUGCAGGCUCAUACCUGUGCUGUUCUCUGCUCCUCGGUGCCCCGCUGAUCUCAGCAAGCAGGGGAUGCCCGCUUGAUCCGGAGCCAUGUCCCGGUACCUGAAACACUUCACGGUGGUGGGGGACGACCCCAUACAGUGGAGCAACGAUUAUCAGAAAUGGGAGGAAGAGGAGGAAGACAAUGGGGAGAAGGACUCGGAGAUCCAACUGGAGCCCUCCCGGGGCCGCGUCACCUUCCAAGAUGUGAUGAAGAAGCUCUUCAGUUCUCGCAGGUUUCAGAUUGUCAUUGUCUUCUUGGUCAUUGUGGAUGCCUUGCUGGUCCUUGGGGAAUUGCUGAUGGACUUGAAGAUCAUCCAUCCAGACAAAUAUCACAUAGCCCCAAAGGUUUUCCACUACCUCUCCCUUUCCAUUCUCACCAUCUUCCUGGUUGAGGUGGGGUUUAAAAUCUUCGUUUAUGGCCGGGAGUUCUUCCACCACAAGUUUGAAGUGCUGGACAGCAUCGUCGUCGUCGUGUCGUUCAUCCUCGACCUCGUCCUCCUCUUUCGGGAGCACGAGUUUGAAGCUGUGGGGCUCCUGAUUCUGCUGCGGCUGUGGCGUGUGGCCAGGAUCAUCAACGGAAUAAUUUUAUCAGUGAAGACCCGCUCUGAACAACAAGUGUCCAAGCUAAAGCAGGUGAACCUGAAACUCGCAACAAAGGUUGAACAACUUCAACACAGCUGCGUGGAGAAGGAGCAAGAAAUUGAGAGGCUUACUAAGAUGUUAAAACAGCAUGGACUCAUCAGCCAGCAAACAUAGGAGGCCAAUUUUCCAAGGUGGGGAAGUCUGCCGUGGCAACUGCAGUGUUGAAACGUACCAGAUUGACCUGAAAGGUUUUCCUCUCUGCCUGCUUUCUCUGGUAUAGCGUUGACUGUAGAUGUUUUCUGUUUGACCACACUUUGAUUAGAUCUUGGGAUUGCAAAAACAGCUUUACUGGAAAAUUAAACAUGCGUACUCCCCGUAAACAGUGAUUCCAUAAGACCCUUGUACAGUUGUACAGACAAAACUGCAAAAUAAUUUAAUAAAGACACAACUUUACAAGCUGUA